UGUGUGUGUUGUAUGCGAACGACGUGCUGCAGACGAUUUUUAGACGGUGUGUGUGCAAAGCUUUCAUUUCGUGUACAAAAAGCAAUAGGAAAUCUAGUGAGAGUUCCGUCAUUUCUGAAGUUCUUUUGCUUGGAAACUAAAUCAUUUACAUCCAGAAUGUUACCCUCAGCAUGGACAGAUACCAAAGAAGUUGAGUGAGCCUUUUCCACAUGACAAGCACAUGAGAGCUAGGAAGCUAAAACAGGUGUGUAAAAAGACGUCAAUUAAGAGAGAGUCUGUCUAGGUGUCAGUUUCCUUUUGUAAUUGAAUGGCAGGCUUAGGAAACUUAAGCUCAGCCUUUGAACGAAUGCAGAUGGAUAGCCCAACAUCAAACGAGUCGGCUGGCUCAUCCUCAACAACGAGUAUGAGUCACUCUUCAAACUCUCGCUCUAAUUCCUCAGCGUCUCGCAACUCAUCAGUCUCAAGAAACUCAUCAACGUCUCGUUGCAGUCGAGCUAAUCAUAGCUCAGUACAUGAUUGGGACGGGACGAGCGGUAACCAUAGAGGGAGUAUAGACACUCUCAAUACGAGUAUCCAUGACGACUAUGAGUGCGUCGAGCGACAUGACUGUCUGACAGAACUCGAUAAAGUCCCAUGGGGUGAGAGACACAUUACAAGGAUACUACAGGUUGAGCGUACGAGACAAAUCAUUAAAACUGUACCCUACGAUGUCAUACAGCGAGUGUCGUAUCUUCUACAGCGCCCUCUAGUACGCAUCGCUAAGGAAGCGCAACGUCUGAGCGUCAUGUAUGGAAAGUGCACAAAAAACGAGAUCCACACUGCUAUAAAGUUGAUUCUUUCCCAACCGCUGGCAGAGGUGUGUCUUUCGUCGUCUCUUCGUGCUCUCUCCUUAUACCAGAUGAGUUCGGAAUGUUACCAGAAAAGCAAGAAAUCAAGAUCGGAACUGAUAUUUCCCGUCGGACGUUUCUACCGCUGGCUCGUCGAUACCAAGAUAUCGCUACGCGUCCACAGCCACGCGGCCGUCUAUCUAGCGGCCUGUAUGGAGACAUUGGUACUGGAGAUAUUUUGUCGCGCCUGCGUCGAUUAUGAGAGAUCAGACGGGGAACUUUCAAUGGCGGUGUUGGAGUAUGGGAUUGCUAAUGAUAUGAACUUAUGGGGAAUCAUGCAACCAUUCGAGCAUCUGAUCUGUGGACGGAAUUCCUCAGGUGUCGUGACAUUAUCCAGUUCCUCAACAACCAUCUCAACUCUCUCCUCCUCCACCCUAUCCUCAUCCUCCUGCUCCAGAGGGAGUGAGCACAGCCGAGGGAAGAGCUCCUGCCGAGGAUGUGAGAUCAAGACUAAUGGGAGUCUUCAGGAGAUUAGCAAGGCGGUAGAGCAAAGCUUGCUAGCCACCUGCGUAGGUAGCAUUGCUGAGUUAGGUGAUCUUGUUUGUCGAGCGAUGCAUUACCAACAAGGACGGCAGAAGAUUCCUAGUAAUCUGAACGGUCGUCAGAGUACAACGUGGUCUCCUAGUGCACUACAUACUCUCUACUACUUCAUGCGUUGCAGUCAGCUGGAAUACAGUGAUAACCCAAAUGUAGAUCCACCGAUGAUACAACUCAACCCGGAGAGGCCUUACACUGUCUUACCUCCUUUGAUUGAGUGGAUUCGAGUAUCAACAACUCACUGUGAGCAUAGAUUGAGCUGCAUCGUAGACAGUGACAAUGUUAGACAAGCUGCUAGAUUACUACUACCAGGCAUUGACUGCCCCGUUAGACCACUCAGCACUGAUGAAGUUUUAUGUUCAUCAAGACAUCUGAAUGCUCACCAAUCAGCUUUACGCUUCCAGCAAGAUCUUGGCUUUAAGAUGUUAGCAUGCGGCCGAGCAGAUCUCGUCUCUGAAGCCGUGUUGCUUCUGGGUAAAGAUGGAAUCAACUCAAUUAGUGAACAGGGGUUAACAGCGUUGAUGUUCGCCUGUUCUAGAGGGGAUGAGGCAAUGGUACAGAUUCUCAUCAAGAAUGGCGCCGAUGUAGACCAAUCGGUUCCAAGUCAGCAUACCACCUACCCGUACAUCCAUCCCGCAAUUAGACAUUGGACAGCUUUGUCAUUUGCUGUUAUCAAUGGAAAUGUCUCCGUUGUCCAGCUGUUAUUAGGUGCUGGAGCUAACGUUCAUGGAUCUGUAGAUAUCAGUGGUGAUAACUACACUGAGACACCGUUACAACUUGCAUCAUCAGCAGGUAAUUAUGAGAUUGUCUCGCUGCUUCUGUCAAAGGGAGGUGAUCCAUACCUGACGACGGUGCAUAGAAACGGAAUCACAACCAAGGGUCACAAUAACUCCUUUGCUUUAGCAGCAGCUAAUGGUCAUAGGAAUGUCUUGAGGAAGCUUCUUGAGCAACCACGGAGCGUCAAAUCAACAGACAUCUUAUCCUUAGAAGAAAUCUUAGCAGAAGGAAAUGAACCUGAGCCUAUGGUUCCUAAGAUGCCCAAGUUAAGACGAUCUGGAAGCAAAAGCAAAAUAACACUUGCUCUACAGGAGGCAAUGUAUCAUAGCUGUGAGCAUGGUUACCUUGACAUGUCAAUGGAGUUAAGAAGUCUGGGCGUUCCUUGGACCUUACAUUGUUGGACUGAAUCUCUUUCUACCGCUAAGCAGCUUCAUCGUCUUGCUAUCAUCCAGUGCCUUCUUAGAGAUUUCGGAUCCAUACGUCUUGAAGAGUAUAAUGAAGAAUUUGUUGAGGAAGGUUUGACACUCAUGUUCGACAUCUUAAGACAGUGUCGGUUUGUACAUUCCUCCUAUACCCGGACAAUGCAGAUUUUAAAACGAGCAAAGAGAAUGAAUGAUGUGAUCAGUCAGCAGCUUUCUAGUAUAUUCUCUUCUCUAUUUGGUGACGAUCCAAUCCCUGGUAUCAGAGUCGUUAACACACCUCCAUCAGCAAGAAUAGGUUCUCACUAUGUGAACAAUCAAGAGAUGUCUGACGUCAUCUUCAUGGUGGAAGGGAAGCCGUUCUAUGCUCAUAAGAUCGUCUUAGUCACAGCGUCUAAAAGAUUCAAAGCAAUGCUGUCUGAUAAAUUCACAGAAGGAAAUCAACCAUGUAUUGAGAUUAGUGAUUUCAGUUAUAACAUCUUCAAGUUGGUGAUGCAAUAUUUGUACUUUGGCAGUAGCGAAGGAUUGAAGGUUGAGCCCGUGGAAGUUCUAGAGCUUUUGGCAGCGUCCAGUUUCUUCAUGGUUGAACCACUACAGCAGUAUUGUGAGAUGCUGUGCAGUCGAAUGCUCAACAUUGAGACAGCCACUAUUAUCUAUAAACACGCAAAGCUUUACAGCUCAGAAGUCCUUCAGGAAUACUGCCACUCCUACUUCCUUGCCAAUUUCCCAGAACUCUUCACUAAGAAUGAAUCUUUCCGCCAACACAUGUUCCCUUCUAAAGCCUCAUCUCAAGAUUUACUGGCAUCGUUGCAAGACACUCUCGCACAUCGUCUUUAUAUGAGGUUCCAAAAGACGACAACGGUGUGAAGGCUGAUGUCAAAGAGUACAUGCUGAAGUCCUGAAUCACAUUUCUGCUUUGUGUGUUCUUUGUUUUACUGUCCUCUAUAACAAUGAUCCUGUUAAAGACACUGGAUACAUUUGGUAAUUGUGAAAGACCAGUGUUCUCACUUGGUGAAUCUCAACAUAUG